AUGACAAUGAUAUCCUACCGUCUUUUUGCGGCAGCAGUUCUUGCCUGGCAUUAUGGUACUGCCGGAGCCGGUCCUGUGCCCGACAUGGACUCUUGUCCAGAUGGUGUACGUACCUUGGAGACGCAACACACCCAGAUCUUGACCAUAACUCCUGUUCUUGUCUCGACACACUGUCCAUAUGAUAUGGACUUGGUGAUUGAUCAUGCCAAUACCAUCCCUUGUACAAACGCUCCGACGGAUAUUUCCACAAUCGUUACAAUCACCAAUACUGGCAGCCCUGCCAUGACAAGUCUAGAGAAUGGCACACCAGCAAAGCCCACUGAGACAGGGAAGCUUCCUCCACCAAAUACAGUGACUACGCAGGCAGAAUCCGCCAGCACUCCUGGGCAGAGCUCGCAGAUGAGUGAUAUUGGAAACAGCAAUAGCAGGCCAACUGGCUCUGGAGCGAGCGGAUCUGGCUACAGCAAGACCAGCCAUGCUGCCUCCCAUACUGACGAAUCGAGUGCCAGUAGCAGGCCUGGAAGCUCAAACAGCAAGCCAUCCAUAUCUCUGACAAGUAAUUCUGCCUCCGGUCCUUAUAGCAGCCCAGUGUCACUCAUGCCGGAAGCAUCAUCUUCUGGAAACUAUACAUGGAGCCCUGCCUUUGCUUCCUCUACUGCGAAUAGCUCCUCCGGCACUGCCAGUUCCGAGCCUACAAGUUCCCGGUCUGCUGCGUCCCCGGGAGAGAGCUCAGCAGUAGAAGGCUCCCAGACAACAAGCUCUCCGUCGGAAAGCUCCGCAGAAUCAAGUUCUCAGAUGGGGACAUUGCCGACGGAAACCUCACGGACAGGAAUCCUUUCGUCGGGAAGCUCACGGACGGCAACUUCCCAGUCAAUAAACACACAGACGGAGACGUCGGCAGACACCACUCGGACAGAGACCUCCCGGAGUGAGGUUGCCCAGUCGAUGAGCUCAAAUAUGGAAGCAUCUCCGACAGGAACCUCGCAGGCAGGAACCUCGCAGACAGGAACCUCGCAGACAGGAACCUCGCAGACCUCUGAGGCGGCGAUAUCUAGCAGUGCCGAAAUAAGUCCAUCUGAGUCAUUGUCGGCCUCCCUUUCAUCGCCCAUGACUGAUGUCACGUCGUCAGCCACGGAGACCACCAUUACCAAGGCCUCUUCGACCUCUUCUGCUGAUGCUAGCUCUUCUACCUCUUCGACCUCUUCUACUCCUGCCAGCUCUUCUACUUCUGCUAGCUCUUCUACUUCUUCUCCCUCUGCCGGCUCUUCUCCUUCUUCUCCCGCUACUAGCUCUUCCACCUCUACUACCUCUACUACCUCUACUACCUCUUUGACCUCUUCUGCUUCUGCUGGCUCUUCUACGUCUAUUAGCUCUUCUCCCUCUGCCAGCUCUUCUAAUCCUGCCAGCUCUUCUAAUCCUGCCACCUCUACUACCUCUACUUCUUCUACCUCUUCUAACUCUUCCACCUCUCCCACCUCUUCUACCUGUUCACCAGCUGCACCGACCAAGGUCUGUGCUACAGGACUUCCUCGUCCCUGUAAAGAUCUGGCCAAUCUGGGCAGCAUCAAUCUCAACAUUCUUCAAGAUGCCGCGGGAUGCACCUCGGCACUCGGAGCCUUUGCAAAAGACGUGUCUCAGUGUUUUGUGUUGGGGCCACUUGACCUGCUUUCUCCAUGGAAGAAGGUCGUGAACUGCCUGCAAGAUAAAAUAGGAGAGAUGUGUCUUCCUCAGUUGCCCGAUGCUUGUACAGGCCUCGCGGGCCAACAUGGCGUGAGCUUGGCCAACAACGUAGCCGCUUGCACCGUUCAGCUGGGACCAUUCGCGGUUGGAAAAACAUACGAAUGCUUGAAGGGGGGCUUCUUCGCCGGCGGUUUCUUCAACGGCGAUGACAUUGUUGCCUGCUUGCGCGGCACCACCGGGUUGGGUUUGUCGACCUGCGCACCCGCUGGCCCGGCGUGUGUAUCGGCCUUGCCUCCCGAUUGCAAUCUUCUCGGCGGCCUGAACGGACUCGACAUAAGCCUGUCCAAGCUAGAGGGCUGCGCCAAAGCCAUUGGUUCAUAUGGCGGUGGUGUUGCCGCCAAGUGUCUUAACCCUGCCGCAAUCGUGCAGACUACACUGGGAGGUGGCGUCGUUGCAUGUCUCCGCGAUGCGCUCAAAGACGUAUGCAUCCCAACUCUGCCAGAGGCCUGCUUUAAUCUCAUUACUGUGGGCGGUGAGCGAUUGACGACGCAACUGCCGCAGUGUAUCGAUGCCUUGGGGCCGUUUAAGAGCGGAGCUGUGCUUGAUUGCGUCACGAAACCAACCUCGGGCCCUGGGGUUGUGCUUUGCCUUAACAAGGCGAUUUUCGGGUCUUGA